CUUGCCAUGUCCGAUAGCCUUUUGGAAAGCCUACCAAAAAAUGCGCCUCUAAAGCCGCAGACAGAACUGCAAUACGCAGAUGUCGCCGUAACAGCCACAGCAAAGGACUUUGCAGGCGUUUAUCGCAACAAGCAAUACCAUGCGCCCGAUUUCCCCGCUGUACUGGACCGCUCCCUAGCAGCCAAUGUGAAGAAAGUCGUGCUCACGGGCAUGUCACCCUCAGACGCACAGUUCAAUGCCGAUAUCGCACGGUCGAGACCAGACCAAUGCAGCAUCACCGUCGGCGUGCAUCCGUACCACGCUGCCGAGCCGUACGCUGACGGCAGCGACGGGAGCGCGUACUUUGCGUGCAUGGCUUCAACGAUUGCCGAGCUGCGGGAAGGGAGUGCGACAUUAGUGUCUUCGUUUGGGGAGCUGGGGCUGGAUUAUGAUCAUCUUGAGUGGGCGAGCAAAGAUGUCCAGAUUCAAUGCUUCAAGGACCAGCUAGACUUGUUCGUGAGAGGCAACUACGACCUCCCGCUGUUCCUGCACUGUCGCGCGGCCUUCGACGACUUCGUGGCGGUCAUCGAGCCAUAUCUUGCGCGGCUUCCGCGGAGGGGACUGGUGCACUCUUUCGUGGGCAGCUCAGCGCAGAUGGCGAAGCUUACAGACAUGGGGUUUGAUGUGAGUGUGAAUGGAUUCAGCUUCAAGGAUCGCGAAUCACUAGAGAUGGUGGCAGCGCUGCCGUUGGAGAGACUGCAGCUUGAGACGGAUGCGCCAUGGGGGGCGAUACAACCGAGUUCGGAAGUUGCAAAGAGAUACCUUGUCCAUGCACCACCGCUGCCAUCGAGCAAGAAGAGGGACAAAUUCCAGAUGGGCAUGAUGGUCAAGGAGAGGAACGAGAGCUGUGCCAUAAGUCAGGUCGCAUUCGUAGUAGCAGGCGUGAAAGGACUGAGUGUGGAUGAAGUCGCUGAGGCUGCUUGGCACAAUAGCACAACAAUGUUUCGUAUGGGAGGGUGA